AUGACCUCUGCAAGAGACGUAUCGAGUCAGAGUGACAUCGGUAAAAUGAAGACAGAUUCAGACGGCUCCUUCAAAAGAGCCCCAUCAAGCUUUAGGAACUUUAUCAAUGACGAUGGCAAAUUCCCGCCAGAGAAAGCUUGGGCUACGAGAGCUCUCAUCACUCGGAAACUGAAAGGACUCGAGGAUUUUAUUCCUGUUUCUGUGGUGACCCCUCAUAUGGCUGCACAAGGCUGGCCGUUCAAGAAUGCAGAUCCGAGUUGGGAGGAUGCAGAUGACGACAUAUUACACCCAAAUUUCCAGCAUCUUAAAGACCUUUAUCUCCUCGCUGAUCCGAACUAUGGUGGAAGGUUUACGGUCCCGGUGCUGUGGGACAAGAAGCUCGACACUAUUGUCAACAACGAAAGUUCUGAGAUCAUUCGCAUAUUCAAUACCGCCUUCAAUCAGUUGCUUCCUGCUGACAAAGCGGCGAUUGAUAUCUACCCUGAAGCACACCGCCAGGAGAUUGAUAGUAUCAACGAGUGGGUGUAUGACACCGUGAACAAUGGCGUGUACAAAUCUGGGUUUGCACAAUCCCAGUCUGCGUAUGAGAACGCUGUUUAUCCCCUAUUCAAAUCCCUCGACCGACUCGAGGAGAUGCUCAAAGGCAAGGAUUACCUCGUAGGCAACACCCUCACCGAAGCGGAUAUCAGGUUAUUCGUCACCACUAUCCGCUUUGAUCCCGUGUACGUAGGUCACUUCAAGUGCAACUUGCGCGAUAUCCGUCACGGGUACCCUAACAUCCAUCUCUCGAUGAGGAAGUUGUACUGGAAGAAUGAUGCUUUCAAGUCGAGCACCAAGUUCGAUCACAUCAAAGAGCAUUACUACUGGUCCCAGACACUGGUAAAUCCCUCCAGGGUAGUUGCUGUUGGCCCAGUCCCACACAUCGAGCCUCUGUAA